CGCUGCCUCGGACACUCCCCAAACAGCAUCCCCACGCCACUCGCAGUCUGCCCAUUCUCUUUCUUCUGCCGCAGCCACACUCACUUCCCCCUCGUCUUGUCAAGCUGGGCUAUUCCACGGAAGCGCGGCUGGCGGCACGGCAUCACCACCACCACCAGAGUAACAGUCACAGUCACUGCCACAGGCACGUCCACCACCAUCCCGCGCGUGGCGGAGCAGCGGGGCCGCUGACGACGAGGCCGCCGCACGUGCUGUCUGCGUGUCUCGCGAUCGUGCUCCCGGUCGUUCUUCUGCUGCAGCUGCUCGGACUGACAGCUCAACUCCUAUCACAGCUGAGUCCUGCACCACCUGCGCUCCCUUCUGCAGCCACAGCAACGGCAGCAGCCGCAGCCGCAACACUGGCAGCAGCACCAGCAGUAACAGCACCACCCGCAGCAGCAGCAGCGGCGCUUGACAAACCAGGCGCGAUUGGGCUUCUCCGCAGCUCCUCAGCAAAGCUUCGGGCGUCAGGUUGGGGGCAGGUGAGCUUAGAGGCAGAAGACAGGAGACAGAUAUUAAGGGGGGCGGCGAGCAGAGGAGGAGUGGUAGCGAGGCAAGGGCGAGAAGGGGAAGGAUCAGGAGGAAGGGCGGACAGAAGAAGGGGAGAGGAGGAGGGAGCAGCGAGUGCGGGCGGGGAAGCAAGAGGCGAGUGGGAGAUGGCGGAUGCAGAGGCUGAUGCUCGUGCCUUUACCGCAGCAGACGCAACAGCAGCUGCCGCCGCCACUGCUGAUACCACUGCUGCUGAUACCACAGCUGCUGAUACCACUGCUGCUGCUGGUGGUUCUGCAGCCAGUGGCCCUACAGGGAAUACUGAGGAAGAUGAAGCAACCCCCUCGCCCCCAUCCCCAACACCGCUGCCAACAGCGCAUGUGGAUGUGAAGGAGGUGGAGGUGUCUUCCCGACAUGGGUUAAUUACCCUGCUUAAACAGCACGAGGCCAGCCGUGCCCCCGUGUUCCUGCUGUUCCUGGCAGACCACGUGCCCUCCACCAACCAGUCCUGGUGCCCUGACUGCCGCAAGUCAGAGCCUGUGAUCGCCACUGCCGUCACCACCCUCCAGGCCAACCCCCUCACCUCGCCUGCCACCUCGCCCCCUGCACUCCUCGUGCGCGUGUGGGUGGGCGACCGCCCCACCUGGAAGAGCGCUGACAAUGCCUUCCGCUUCCCCCCGUUUGCUGUGGGGGGCGUGCCCACACUCAUGAACUGGGACUGGGCUGCUGCUCCUGCUGCUGCUGAUGACGAUGGUAGCGUUGGUGGUGGUGGUGAUGGGGAUGGCGAUGGUGUGCUGGGGGCGCCUGGGAGGGUGCUAGGGGAAUAUGAGACAAGGAGGCUGCGGCUGGUGAUGGAACUGAUGAUGCAGACAGGGGUAUGAAGGAAGAGGAGGGGGGGGGGGGGGCUGGGGGGGGGAGGGCUGCAUGAUGUUACUGGUAAGAGAUUUUUUCGGUGCUGAUGCUGAUUGUGUUGUUAUUGGAGACCUGGGAAACUACGCAUGGGCAAUGUGCUGAGACUACCGGAUUGUUGGUGCCGAGCAGGGCUGACGUCUCAAAAUAAACCACCCUGAGCUGUCGACUAGAAAAAAAAAAAAUUACCCUGAGGGCUCUGUUUUGGAAAAAUCCCUACACUGAUCUGUCAGUGUUCAGGAACCCGAAACCCUGAAAUUCCCAGGGUUCACAGCAGGGCCCCUGACAUCAGACGAAAUUGGUCUGAUGGUCUGAAAAACAGACCUGAUUUUGUUGUUUCGUCUGAAAACCCAGACCAUUAGGCUGACUUUAUCAGACUAUUUACUCUGAUUAGUCUGAAAUCUCAGACCGGUUUUUUGGCUAAACCUGAAUUUCCAGAUAA